UAUUCAACAGACCCCCUCCCUCCCCAGUCAACCUAUUCAACCUCUUCUUCUAUUUAAGCAAACCCAUCUUCUCUCUCUCCCUUGUUCCAUCCCAUUUCUAGUGCAACUCAUAUUACUGAGAGAGAGAGAGAGAGAGGUUCAUCUACUUCAUUGCAACAAUGUGGAUGAUGGGUUGUAGAGAUGGGAGUGGUUUAAACACUUCCGAUUCGAUCAACGGUCGGAAACUCCGCCCUCUCAUUCCAAGGCCCACUUCUUCUUCUUCCUCCUCUUCCACACCCAGCACAACUGCAACCACAUCGUCUUCGUGCUUGAGUCGAAUUCAUGGCAAUGAUCUUCUCUCCUUACAUAACCAUCUUGGAACAAUGGAACAUGGAAAGCGAGAGUUGAGUGCUCAGCCGGUGAGUUCACGGUGGAAUCCGACGCCAGAACAGCUAAGGACACUCGAGGAUUUGUAUCGACGUGGCACGAGGACCCCAACCGCAGAUCAAAUCCAGUACAUCACGGCGCAGCUUCGGCGAUAUGGUAGGAUUGAAGGGAAGAAUGUAUUCUACUGGUUUCAGAACCACAAGGCAAGGGAGCGGCAGAAGCGUAAGCGCAGGAUUGAAGUAGCGGCUGCCGCAGAGCGCAAUGCAGAGAGUGAGGAGAGGAAAGAUUUGGUAGAGAUGAGCAGGAAAGGGUUUGAAGCUGAAGGGUGCAAGAGCUGGCCAUCUCCUACAAACUUUAGUACCAUUGCGGAGGAAUCUGCUUCUAUGUCUAGACCAGAAAGUAGGAGAGAUACUGCAUGGCUUCAGUGCAGCCGAGAGUUACAAAACCAUGGCUCUCCAGAUGGGAAUGCCACGUGGCAGAUGAUGCAUCUCUGCUCCCUGCCCCACCUCAUAAACUCAUACCCUACCACCCCACUUUCAAAUCGAACCGCAGCCGUAGCUACAGCAGCAGCUAUAGUGGAAUCAAAGUUUACAGUCAAUGAGGAUUUUGAUGUGGGUGGCCCACCAAGUGGGCCAUCAAGGACUCUUGAGUUGUUUCCUCUCCAUAGCGACGGCAUCGCAGUCACUGAGAAGGUGUCGGCUGCACCAGCGGCGUCCACUGAUUUCUGUUCUCACCAGUUCAUCCAGUUCCUCCCAUUGAAGAAUUGAAGGGCUAGGCUCCAAUCCACAGUACAAAAGGCACAGUGCACACCAAUCCAGACCAUCAAAAUCAUGUCUCCCAUUGCCCACAAAUCAUAGCCAGAAAAUCACAUUGAUCAAUGGUUGCGAUCGUCUGAGCAAUGUGGCUUUUUGCCAAUGAUCAAUCUACGGUGGGCCCACAAAUUUCUAUUGUUGGAUUGUGGUGCAUCUAUGCCAUGUUUACAGCGGAUGGGUUGCUAGAAGGUAGUGUCUCAUGGAAAUGAAAAUUAAUUGGUAUGUAGGUAAUAGAUCCAUGUCGUGUGUGUCAGUGUGUGUGUGUCUAUGUGAAGGGAGGGGAAAGGUACCAAAUUAGAAAUUCUGUGAGAAAACAUGAUCAUGUCUUUGUAACAAGAGAUGUUGAUGUUUUGUGAUGUUUGUGGUUAGAAAUGGUAACUGUUGUUAUUGUUGCUAUUAGUGUAGCCUUGUUAUUACUA